GGGUCCGGGUUAGCGGGCGCGGCGGGCUGCGGGAUUGGGGAGCGACGGGCCGGGCCGGGCCCUCGGGCCCGAAGCGGCGGCGGCGGUAUAAAGCCGGCGACAGGGAGCAUGUAAUGUCGGAAUGCGGAGGCCGCGGCGGCGGCGGCAGCAGCAGCAGCAGCAGCGACGACGCCGAGGACGAGGGUGGCGGCGGCGGCGGCCCCGCGGGCUCCGGCUCCCUCAGCCCGGCCCCGGCCGGAGUGUCCUCGGCGGGCCGGCUCCGUCGCGGGCUGCGCGGCGCCUCCCUCAUGGCGCGCCGGCGGCCCGAGCUGCUCUGCGGGGCCGUGGCGCUCGGCUGCGCGCUGCUCGUCGCCCUCAAGUUUACCUGCAGUCGAGCAAAAGAUGUGAUAAUACCAGCAAAGCCACCUGUCAGCUUUUUCUCCUCGAGGUCUCCAGUGCUUGACCUCUUCCAGGGGCAGCUGGACUACGCAGAGCAUGUUCGCCGGGACUCAGAGGUGGUGCUGUUGUUCUUCUACGCUCCGUGGUGUGGCCAGUCCAUUGCCGCCAGGUCAGAGAUUGAGCAAGCAGCGGGUCAGCUUUCAGACCAGGUGUUGUUUGUGGCAAUUAACUGUUGGUGGAACCAGGGGAAAUGCAGAAAACAGAAGCAUUUCUUUUAUUUCCCUGUGAUAUAUCUGUAUCAUCGGAGUUUUGGACCAAUCGAAUACAAAGGCCCCAUGAGUGCUGUUUACAUUGAGAAGUUUAUCCGCCGGGUGAUGAAACCACUUCUCUACAUCCCAUCUCAAUCAGAAUUACUAGAUUUUCUCUCAAACUACGAGCCUGGAGUCCUCGGCUACUUUGAGUUCAGUGGCUCGCCCCAGCCUCCUGGUUAUCUGACCUUCUUCACUUCAGCACUGCACUCACUAAAGAAAGAUUACCUAGGAACAGUACGAUUUGGGGUUAUCACAAAUAAACAUCUUGCGAAACUGGUAUCCUUAGUACACUCUGGAAGUGUGUAUUUACAUAGACAUUUCAACACAUCACUUGUCUUCCGCAGGGAGGCUGUCAACUACACGGCAGAGAACAUCCAUAAGUGGGCCUUAGAGAAUCGAGAGGCGCUGCUGCGAUGGCUGCGGCCGCACGGCGGCAAGAGCCUCCUGCUGAACAAUGAGCUCAAGAAGGGGCCGGCGCUUCUUGUAUUUCUCCCUUUUAAUCCUUUAGCCGAAAGCCACCCUUUAAUAGAUGAGAUCACCGAAGUGGCCUUGGAGUACAACAACUGUCACGGGGACCAGGUGGUAGAGCGGCUCCUUCAGCACCUGCGGCGAGUGGACACCCCGGUGUUCAGGCCUCUGGCGCCUGAGCCCCCCGCGCAGCUGCCGGAGCCGCCGCUGAUCACGGCGUCCCCCUGCUGCAACACCGUGGUGCUGCCCCAGUGGCACUCUGUCUCCAGGACGCACAACGUCUGUGAGCUGUGUGUCAACCAGAGCGCGGGGGGCGUCAGGCCGAGCUCGGUCGGCAUGCCGCAGUGCAGCUUUUUUGAGAUGGCGGCAGCUUUGGAUUCUUUCUACCUCAAGGAGCAGACCUUUUAUCAUGUGGCGUCGGACAGCAUAGAAUGCAGCAAUUUUCUGAGUUUCUACAGCCCCUUCAGCUACUACACUGCAUGUUGCAGGACCAUAAACAGGGCCGUGACGGGCUUCAUUGAUUCUGGACAAGGUGUCUUUGAAACCCCGACCAUCGCGUUUUCUUCCCUCGAGAAGAAAUGUGAGGCUGAUCCCCCAGGCUCCGUUCCUCACAUUGAGGAGAACAGGUAUCUCUUUCCUGAAGUGGACGUGAGUAGCACAAACUUCACAGGCCUGAGCUGCAGAACCAACAAGACCCUGAACAUCUACCUUUUGGAUUCAAAUUUAUUUUGGUUAUAUGCAGAGAGGCUGGGGGCUCCGAGCGCCACUCGGGUGAAGGAAUUUGCCACAAUUGUUGAUGUGAAAGAAGAGUCUCACUAUAUCUUGGAUCCAAAACAAGCUCUUAUGAAGUUCACCCUAGAGUCUUUUAUUCAAAACUUCAGCGUUCUCUACAGUCCCCUGAAAAGGCAUCUCAUUGGAAGUGACUCUGCCCAGUACCCUUCUCAGCAUCUAAUCACUGAAGUAACAACUGAUACCUUUUGGGAAGUGGUCCUUCAAAAACAGGACGUUUUGCUGCUGUAUUACGCACAGUGGUGUGGCUUCUGUCCAUCCCUCAAUCAUAUCUUUAUCCAGCUAGCUCGCCUCCUGCCGACGGAUACAUUCACUGUGGCAAGGAUUGAUGUGUCUCAGAAUGACCUUCCUUGGGAAUUUAUGGUCGACCGUCUUCCCACUGUCUUAUUUUUUCCCUGCAACAGAAAGUUGGAAAGCCGUUCAGCACAUGGGUUCGGUGGAUUCACAGAGAUUGCUCCAGGGACUGGACUCCAGAAUAGUGUGCUGACAGGUGUCAUUCUCAGUCCUGCAAAUGUCUCCACACACACUAAGGCACCUCGGCAGCUCUCUCCUGGGGAUUCAGCUCCUCUGUCCUGUGAGACCAGGUUUGCGCUGCACGGCUCAGGGGCGGAGCCAGCCUCCACUUGUCCGCUCGUCCACUCGUCGUCGUUCCUCACCUGCACCUCAUAGGGACCUGGGGGUUUUCAGUCAUCCGUUGAAAGGCUGGGAGUCCCCAACUCGAAGGAAGCUUCUCUCUGUGAAGAAAACCAUGCUUUAAGGGAGGGUGUGGUUAUAUACUUACUCCACAUAUUUGACUAGUCCAUGUAUCUGAAAGUCUCCGUAAAUGUAUAAAACAGGGCAUGUGUGAUUUUAAUUUCCCUGUGAUUCUUAUUUCAUUGGGAAAGAGCUAUCCAUCAGCAGAACACCUUUUGUCUUUUCUUAGAUAUUUGACCACUGGCUUUGUGUGUGGAGAGGGUGUGUAAGCUUUUAAUGAAUGGUUUCUUGGUUUUUUAAGGAAUGAUAUGACUGUUUUUCAGCUAACACUCAGCAUUCAGGUUAAUCCGUGUCAUCUGAACAGCAGUCCCGUGAGAGUGACGAUGCGUUUAUUACCCCUUUUACAGAAAUGAGGCAGUGCAGGGGUGCAGAGGGGUCACCUGUCUGGGCGCUCAGGAUUGUGAGUGGCAGCCUUGUGAGUCUGCCCGGCAGGCGGCUCUGGGGCCCAUAUGUGGCAGAAAUGUUGGUCAUCAGACAGUUAAAUGACAACUUCUAAAAAGGAAUUUUCUACAUCAGGACUUGCAACAGAGCUUUGGGGGAACCCCCUUCAUAUGUCACUUUCCUUCCUUAUUCUGUGCUUUCAGGGCGGGGUGGCCUUAAUUUCUCGGAGUCCCUUGGUUGGUCUUUGUAUCAGGGGUCAGGGCUUGAGUGAUACCUCCUCCAUCGUGGUAAUAAAAAUGUCUCCAGAUGUUGCCAGAUGCCCCUGGGGAGUUAUAGUCGCCCCCGGUUGAGAACUCCUGCCUUGGAUAAUGUGUAAUAAAUGUUGGCGGAAGAAAUCUGGCUGAGUGUUCAGUCUUCCCUAUUGCGCCACUGUUGACGGCCACGGAGUGACACGGGUGACGUCCUGCCCCAGGACAUCCUUCCUUACACGCCCCUGAGCCUCUCAGAGCUCGCGGAGGCCCCGUUGCCCAUGCGCUGCCGGUGCCCUCCAUCCCUGGCUUGAGGCUUGGGUCUGGGAGCUUCUUGUCUUUCUUGGAAGGUUGUUACCAGAAACUGGGCUCUUUGUCCUCAGGAACAAACACAUAUUUGAGAUAAGCCACGUUAAUUACAGAAUGAGCACAUGGGACAUCUUCAGCUUCGUAGAAAAGUUUUUGCCCAGAUAACAUUUUCCCCGCUUUAAGUAAAAUCCUCGGAAUGUCUUUCGGUGGGAAGUAAGCAGCCUGACCUUCAGUAGUGGUGUAGUUUGGACUACGAAUGUUGACAGGACUCUCACGUUUGACUCCUUUCCCUU